GGCAAUUUCAACUAUGCAUUUGAAGACUCUUUUUCUUCCUAUAUAUAUAGAAAUUCAAUUUUCAUUUGAGAAGCACAAUAUAUCAGAGAAUAUUAAGAAAGUACGAGUAAAGUCAAAAGGUUCAAAAUGAAGCAGAUAUCAAUCAUCAUCUUUUUCUUUAUACUUCCCUUGGCAUUUGCAGAUCUAGAAUUAGGGUUCUAUGCCUCUUCCUGCCGAAAAGCCGAGUCCAUUGUUAAACAAGUUGUGCAGAAGCGAUUCAAUCGCGACAAAUCCAUAACCGCAGCUUUGCUUCGUAUGCAUUUCCAUGACUGUUUUGUCAGAGUAAGAACUAUUUUCAUCCAUGUGCAGGGUUGUGAUGCAUCCCUCCUCAUAGAUUCAACCAAGAACAACAUAUCAGAAAAAGAUACAGGCGCAAAUGACAGUGUUAGAGGCUACGAUCUAAUUGACGAUGUAAAGGAAGCAAUUGAAGCUGCAUGUCCAUCAACGGUUUCAUGUGCAGACAUCGUAGCACUUGCUACAAGAGAUGCUGUGGCCUUAUCUGGAGGACCAAAAUACAAUAUUCCUACAGGAAGACGUGACGGAUUAAUCGCCAAUAGGGAUGACGUUGAUUUACCAGGACCUAACAUUCCUAUAGGAGCACUAUCACAAUUUUUUGCUGCAAAAGGAAUUACAACAGAAGAAAUGGUGACCCUUUUGGGAGCACAUACUGUUGGUGUUGCACAUUGCGGUUUUUUCGCAAGUAGGUUAUCUAGUGUUAGAGGGAAACCUGAUCCUACAAUGGACCCUGCAUUGGAUACUAAGCUUGUGAAGUUGUGCAAAUCAAAUAGUGAUGGUGCUGCAUUUUUGGAUCAGAAUACUUCUUUUACUGUUGAUAAUGAAUUUUACAAGCAGAUUCUUCUUAAGAGAGGUAUAAUGCAGAUUGAUCAGCAACUUGCUUUGGAUAAAUCAACAAGUACUUUUGUGUCUAAUUUUGCUUCAAAUGGUGAUAAGUUUGUUAAGAGUUUCGCAACCGCUAUGAUAAAGAUGGGGAAAGUUGGAGUUUUGGUUGGAAAUGAAGGAGAAAUCCGCAAGAAUUGCAGGGUUUUCAACAAACGCAAUUAGCUAGA